AUGCCUGGUAACGACGUUAUUCGGUCGCUGAGGCUGCUGUCACGCAGCUCGGGCGGUCUCAUCGCAGGCCCGAACCAAGUGACGCAACGAUGUCUUACACGGUCAAUGGCGACUGAAGCCCAGACACAACCAGCAGUGGCGACUCAGGAUGCUAUUCCCGAACGUGCAGAGCGACCUGGAGGCCCAACCCCUGUCCAAGUCAUGACCUACCAAUGGCCCGACUUGAAACCCACACGUCUCAUUCACUACUCCCGGAGACUCCUUCAAAUGCCCAUCCGCCACGACAUUCUCCACCGCGCAGUCAUCUACGAGGGUGAUGCGACCCGCCAAGGUUCCGCCAACACCAAGUGGAGGGACGAUGUGCACGGUAGUCACAGGAAGCUGUACGCACAGAAGGGCUCCGGUCGUGCGCGUGCAGGCGAUAAGAUGUCACCCGUUCGACGAGGUGGUGGUGUCGCCCACGGACCCCAUCCUCGCGAUUUCUCGACCGAUCUGCCGCGGAAGAUCUACGACCAAGCCUGGCGCAUUGCCCUCAGCCACCGACUUUCACGCGGUGAAUUGAUUGUUGUCGACAACCAAAUUGAUAUCCAUGACGAUGCGACUCCGUUCUUCAUCAAGAACUUUAUCCAGGCUCACGGCUGGUGGAAGAAGGGCCGGUCUACAUUCAUCACGCAUCAGCCGAAUGAGAAGUUCUUUGAUGCGGUUGACAAGUUCGGCAAUCACGCGCGAGCUAUCAGCCUCGAGGACUUGGAUGUGAAGAAUCUUUUGGAGACGGGAAGACUGGUUGUUGAGAAGGAUGCCCUUCACAGGAUUCUGUUGAAGCACUCUACGGACCUGGCGAAGGUGGACACACUUUUCUCGCCUACAGCAGACGGAAAGAGGGUGUAUCCACUGGAGUUUAGCCGGAAGGAGUCUACGUGGAAUUGA